ACACGACCAAUAGCGUCGCUUCUGCUUCCCCGCCACAUCUCGCGACAUUCGCCUCAGGCGACGCUUCACUCCCGAACUACAACUCCCAGGAGCCUCUCCUCAAGCACCGCCGAAGCCAAUCGCCAGGCGGCUUGAGGAGAAAGUAUCGCCACAGUGGGCAGGACCAUCCGAGACCCAAUCAAUCUGAAGUGGGGAGGGCUGCUCGGUUGCGGCAGCGGAAGCAACACUCCCGGACUGAACCCCUUUCUCCCUGUCAGCGCAAGAAACGGCUCUGGCGGUUAUCCUGCGGGACUCCGCCGCACCCUCGGCUGCAGGUGGAGAUGAGUUCUCAGCAGUUUCCCCGUUCUGGAGCACCUCCUACAAGUCUAGGACCAGCACCUCCAGCAAUCUCCACCAGUGGCUCUACUGGCUUGAUAAACCCAACAACUACAGUAGUGAGUGAUGAGCCCAACCGAGAAUUGGAAGUUGCUCCUCGAGAUCACGUGGUUCCUAGUAGCUCUCUGCAAUCUCGUGAAGAGAAGCAGGAAACAGUGGUAGUUCGGCCAUAUCCGCAGGUGCAGAUGUUGACUCAACACCAUACCGUGCAGUCUGCUGGUGUACCUGUUACAGUGGCAGCUCCACCGGCACAUCUGACUCCUGCAGUGCCACUUUCUUUUUCUGAAGGACUCAUGAAGCCUCCCCUGAAGCCCACGAUACCCAGCCGUCCUAUUGCACCAGCACCACCUUCUACUCUGUCUGGUCCAUCCAAAGUCCCUGGGCAGGUUACUGUAACAAUGGAAAGUAGCAUCCCACAAGCAUCGGCUAUUCCUGUAGCAACAAUCAGUGGACAACAGGGACAUCCCAGCAAUGUGCACCAUAUCAUGACAACCAAUGUUCAGAUGUCAAUAAUCCGCAGUAGUGCUCCUGGGCCACCGUUACAUAUUGGAGCUUCUCAUUUGCCUCGUGGUGCAGCUGCUGCUGCUGUGAUGUCCAGUUCCAAAGUAACAACAGUUCUGAGGCCAGCUUCGCAGUUGCCAAAUGCAGCAACAGCUCAACCGGCAGUUCAGCACAUCAUUCAUCAACCUAUCCAGUCCCGCCCCACUGUGACAACUUCAAGUACCAUUCCUCCUGCUGUUGUAGCAACUGUCUCGGCAACAAGGGCUCAGUCACCUGUUAUUACUACAACAACAACACAUGCUACAGAAUCUACGCUCAGUCGGCCAACUUUGUCCAUUCAGCAGCACCCACCAUCUGCACCUAUCAGUAUUCAACGUCCUGCACAGCCCCGGGAUACAGCAACCAGAAUCACUCUCCCUUCCCAUCCAGCCAUUGGAACACAAAAACAGCAGCUCCACACCAUGGCUCAGAAAACAAUUUUUAGUACUGGUACUCCAGUGGCGGCAGCAACUGUAGCCCCUAUUUUAGCAACCAAUACCAUUCCUUCAGCAACUACAUCUGGUUCUGUGUCUCACACUCAAGCGCCUACAAGCACCAUUGUCACUGUGACUAUGCCCUCGCACUCUUCUCAUGCGACUGCUGUGACCACUUCAAACAUCCCAGUUGCAAAAGUGGUCCCUCAGCAAAUCACACACACUUCUCCUCGCAUCCAGUCCGAUUACACUGCAGAAAGGAGUAAUCUCAUUCCUAUAUCAGGUCACCGCGCAUCUCCAAAUCCAGUUGCAAUGGAAGCUAGAAAUGAUAAUAGACAGUCAGUGCCUGUUCAAUUCCAGUACUUCUUACCAACAUAUCCGCCUUCCUACCCUCUGGCUGCUCACACUUAUACACCUAUUACCAGCUCUGUGUCCACUAUCCGCCAGUAUCCAGUUUCAGCUCAGGCCCCCAAUUCUGCCAUAGCAGCUCAGACAGGAGUUGGAGUAGCCUCCACAGUCCAUCUUAAUCCGAUGCAGCUGAUGACAGUGGAUGCACCUCAUGCCCGUCAUAUUCAGGGCAUUCAGUCUGCACCAAUCGGUGCACAGGGUAUACAACCAGCACCCAUCAGUGCACAAGGAAUACAGUCUGCACCCAUUGGAACCCAAGGCCUGCAUCCAGCUGCACCAAUUGGCACACAAGGUCUUCAGACUGCACCAUUGGCUGCUCAGCAGCCACCAACUGAGACCAAGACAUCAGUGGUAUUGGCAGAUGGAGCCACCAUUAUGGCCAGUCCAAUCAGCAAUACAUUUAACACUGCCCCAGCUUCAACUACAGUGGUACAAACACAUAGCCAGAGUUCUAGUUCUAGCACACCAGCACAGGGAUCAUCCCCUCGCCCAAGCAUUCUCCGGAAGAAGCCCACAACAGAUGUGUUGGCCGUUAGGAAGAAUCUCAUACCCCCGCAACCACCUGAGAUAGCUGGAACUCGAGUAGAGAGCUCUGUGAGAAGCACAUCUGGAUCGCCAAGACCAGCCGGUGCCAAACCAAAACCAGAAAUUCAUGUAUCAAUGGCCACUCCAGUGACAGUGUCUGUGGAAGCAGUAUCUAUUCAGAGCAAUGAGCAGCCUCCUAUCUCAGUUCCGACGUCUCAGCAGCCUCCAUCUGCCAUUCCAACCAUCAUCACUGCAGCCAGUCCACCUUCACAGCCCACAGCAACCCUAUCAACCAUUCCAGGAACUGUGCCAGCUCCUCCACUCACUUCAGCCACAACUGUGACUGCUCCUCCCCCUCCCUCAACCAUAAGUGGCGUCCUUUCUACAGUAUUGGGUCCCGUUGUGCCAGAGAUAAAAAUAAAAGAAGAAGCAGAGCCUCUGGACAUAAUACGACCCGUCUCAGCAGUUCCUCCACUGACUACAAAUACUAGCUCUCCAUCUCUUACGUUGUUGGCCAACAACCUUUCAGUUCCCCCAAGUGACCUGCCACCUGGUGCCUCCCCUAGGAAAAAACCACGGAAACAGCAGCACAUCAUCUCUACAGAAGAAGGGGAUAUGAUGGAGACCAAUAGCACUGAUGAUGAGAAAUCCACUACCAAAAGUUUAUUAGUAAAGGCAGAAAAGCGCAAGUCACCUCCAAAAGAAUAUAUAGAUGAAGAUGGUGUGAGGUAUGUUCCUGUUCGGCCGAGACCACCCAUAACAUUGCUUCGUCACUAUCGCAACCCAUGGAAAGCUGCCUAUCAUCACUUUCAGCGAUAUAGUGAUGUUAGGGUAAAAGAAGAGAAGAAGGCUAUGUUACAAGAAAUAGCUAAUCAGAAAGGUGUGUCUUGCCGUGCACAGGGAUGGAAAGUUCAUCUUUGUGCUGCACAGUUAUUGCAGCUGACUAAUCUGGAACAUGAUGUAUAUGAAAGACUCACCUCCCUGCAAGAAGGAAUUAUCCCCAAGAAAAAGGCAGCAACUGAUGAUGACUUGCAUCGGAUAAAUGAGCUAAUACAGGGGAAUAUGCAGAGAUGCAAGCUGGUAAUGGAUCAAAUAAGCGAGGCUCGAGAAUCCAUGCUAAAGGUUUUGGAUCACAAAGAGCGUGUUCUGAAACUUCUCAACAAGAACGGAACUGUCAAGAAAGUAUCCAAAUUGAAGAGAAAAGAAAAGGUCUAGAGCCAGAGCUGUAAGGACUCUGGAAACAAAAAAUGAUUUUACAGAACAGUGUUAAGGCUUGUUUAUUUGGGGGGGGGUUAUUUUAGAGAGCUGUAUUUGAGUGGGGAGAAAACCCCAAGUUUCAGAGAAGGACAAUGGAUUAAGACAUGGAACCCAUAAUCCCUAAGGGACUAUUACUGACCUUUCAGAGGAACAAAGAUUUUUCUCAGGCUUGUCCCUGUUUAAACUCUUUAACAGUCACAUUUUGUUUAGCCCUCUUGAUGUGCCAGUGCCUAAUAAUUGGAACCAUUGAUACAAACAUAAUAGACAGUCCCCACCCUUCCGUCUUAGUUUUAAAUGUAACUUCACAGGUUUGUACAAUGGAUUCCUGCAACAGACCUCAAGAACCAUCUGUCUUGAAACUAUCUGUCGUAAGUGUUCAGAUUUUUAAGAGAUGACACUACUUCCACUUAGCCCUCUCUGUUGAAGCUCCUUAUUGCAGUGGCUGGAACAAGCUUCAUUAAACCAGUGCCAUUGCAUUGGCAGUUUUGCUACAUUUAGAAUCUUAAGUGGUUCUGAAGUCUCUUGCUGUCAGUUUUUUUUUUAAAAAAAAAUACAUUUCAAAGUGAUUUUUAGUGUUGUGAUGUGUGUGUGUGCGUGUGUGUGCCCAUGUUGGUGCUCCAGGAUAUUGUUUUCAAAAUACUCUCUUACAGCACAGUACAACUGUAGUUGGUGUGAUGCUAUUCAUUGUGUUGCAUACAAUUGUGCUAUAUAACAUCCUGAAAAUAUAAAUAAAGGAUUUACAGGAUUUUGUUUAAGAA